CUCCAGCGUGAUGUCAUGUACAGUGCAGCCGCGCAUUUUUACAGUAAAGCUAAGUUUGACCAGGAAUCAAAGAAAGAAGUAAUGAAGAUAAUGGGAUAUGUGAAUACCACGUUUCAGUUCAUCAUCAAAAAUAACAGUUGGAUGUCCGAUAAAAUAAAAGCGGCAGUGCUCAAACGGCUGAAUGAAAUAAACCUUGUGAUGGGAUAUCCUGACUGGGUGCUGGACGAGGCCACCAUUAAUAACCUGUACCAAUUUGUUCCGAGCAUUCGAAAUGGAAGUUCGUUCGUCGAGCACUACUUCUAUCUUCGAGAGAAUGACCACUAUCAGAAGCUUCUUGAGCUUACCUCAAAAUACUUCAACAAAUCAUACGAGGAAGUUGUCCUGAAGUCACACGCGUUUUAUGAUGAAGAUACAGAUACUGCGGCAUAUCCAGCUGCUUCGCUUGUAACUCAUUUUAGAAAGCCUCCUAUACCCAGGUCCGUUAACUUUGGAACCAUUGGAACAAUUUUUGGACAAUUAUUGUCUCAAGCGAUGGACAGAUACGACAGAAAGCGCAUAAAUGGCAGUGUCGUUAAAACAGAAUUCUGGGAUAAUCUGACAACGACAAGUUUCUGCAGCAACUCUAAAUGCCUGAACAAUUCUGAACAAUGUCGUGACAGAGAACAUUGUUACAGUGCAAGCCAUCAGAAGCUACACGAUUACGUUGGAGUACGCGUAUCUCACACGGCACUAAAACGAAGCAAACAGUACUACACGGGGUCAUUUGUGCUGAAUGAUACGAAGUUGAACACCGAGGACAACAUAUUCUUUACCUUCUUUGGAAGUCUCUACUGCCCCUACAGUGUAAAUGAAAAACAGUCAAGUGAAGGCAAGAAACCUGAGGUUGUCCAAGAACGAGCAGAUGACGAAGAAAUUGACUUCCCAAAAAGCUUGAACGAAAUUGUGUCCAUCUACCACAAGUUCAACGAAACGUUCAAUUGCAGCGGAACUGUCUCAGACACUUGUCACUUGGUUCCUGAAGAGAAUAUAUCGGAGGUUGGAUGUUGACUGAAGUUGGGUCGAACACAUUUGCGCGCACUUAUUUGUGAUAAGUGAAAUAAACGUUUGAUUAGCCCUCA